AUGUUUAUGUUGACCAAGAUCAAAGAUUUAGUGAGGAUUCCUCCAGAUCAAUUUCACAGAGAUUCUGCAUCUUCUAUAACUCAUCAAUUGAAUAAUAAGUUUGCCAAUAAGGUUAUACCUCAUGUCGGGUUAUGUAUUACUGUGUAUGAUCUUCUCGAGGUUGAUGAGGGUCAAUUGAAGCCUGGGGAUGGUUCUUCUUAUAUCUAUGUGACGUUUAGGGCAGUGGUAUUUAAGCCAUUUGUUGGUGAGAUAGUAACAGGUUGGAUAACCAAGUGUACAGCAGAAGGUAUUAAAGUAUCGCUAUCUGGUAUGAUGGAUGAUAUUUUCAUUCCAAAGAAUAUGUUGUUUGAAGGUUGUUUUUAUUCUGUGAGUGAAAAUGCUUGGGUUUGGCCGAUGGAUGAGGAGACAAAGUUAUAUUUUGAUAUUAAUGAAAAGAUUAGAUUUAGAAUUGAACAGGAAAUAUUUGUAGAUGUGAAGCCAAAAUCUCCAAAAGAACGUGAACUUGAAGAGCAGGCUGCUGCUGCUGCUGCUGCCGCCGCUAAUGUCAGUUCUAAUGCUGGUGCUUCUCAAAAUGAACAAGAAAAGACUGUGGUUGAAAAACCUCCUGCAUAUGCCCUUUUGGGUUCUUGUCAAACUGAUGGUAUGGGUUUAGUAAGUUGGUGGGAAUAG